AUGAUAACAGAAUGCAAGCGUUUACCGUGCAUCGUACGACUUCAAAAUAGGGAGGCCGAUGAUGCUAGUGGCAUUCAUUUCACAGCCGGCAAUGGCAAGGUGCGACACGGCUCUUCGCCCAGCCUUGCCAGCUUAAGUGGCACAUUGUCGCGCGUCAAUACAGUUGCAUCGGCGCUAAAGCGCUUCCUCAGUCGCGAAGAGCGUCCCGGCUCCACAACACCAGUCGAUGAGAUUUCACAAAAAAAUCGUUUUCCUGGCAGUGCAAGUUCGGCCAGUCUAACCGGCAAUUUGAUUAUGAAGCCACCCGGUAGUAUACGCAUCACUGAUCAAGUCAUCGAAGAGGUCGACGAACAAACCACGAUCACUUCGCAGCGUGCCAACGAUCAGGUGCGCCCGAAUGUGCGCGAUAUUUUCUUGCAGGAUCUCAACAAUCAAAGUUCAUCGGCGGCACAGCGCUCCGUGCCUAUGGAUAUUCCGCCCAGACCCGCGUCAUACAUGCGCACACAGUCCACUUACGAGCCGACGCUCUUUCCGCCGGGCGGUGUGGAGGCAUUGCUUAGCACGUCUGCGCCAACGAAUGGCAGUCCACGCAUGGUGCAGACAGUGCCAAACUCGCCAGUUGCUGAUCCAUCGAGCACCAAAUCUCUCUUCGAUCAGCAAAUCAAUCAGGAAAAGGGCAGUUGCGAAACGGCAUUAGAACGUCCCGCCGAUGCGCCGCAGGUUUUCAGAUGGUUUUUAUCGACUGUCGAUGACAUGGAAAUCAAAUCGACAACAGAUGCGCCUGGUGGUGAUGAUGAAGGCGAUGAUUUCGAUAAAUUGAAAGCAGCGCGCGAAAAGGAGCGCAUGCAGCGGCAACAGCAAAAACUGGCACGCACAAUCAGCGCAGCGCCCGGCGUCGAUGGUGGUCCUACGGUUGUGCCCGUGGUAGCGGCUGCGAUAAUACCAACUGCCGUUAUGCAGCAGCCAGCGCCGCAACCACCACUAUCCAAUGUUCCAUCCGGUGCAGAUCUUUUGACCAGUAAUGCGGCGGUAAACACAAACGUGGAACCACUCACAACCUCAACAGCGAAAACCUCGCCCGAUGGUGAGGUACAAGAGGCUAACAAAUAAAUAAGUACAGAUGCAUUAUUAAAUGGGUGGUAAGAGUUUGGAAGUGCGUACAGUGCUUAUUAAAUGUAUGCAGAAGAAGCAUUUCUUGAAGAAUAGAGUUGAUUUUUUUGUGGAAUCGGAGAAGCUUUAAGUAAAAAAAUAAACUAGUUUUAAUAGGUUGUACUCAUUAAAAAGGCGCAUAAAAUAACAACAACAAAACAAAGAUAUUUUCUUCUUUUCACAACUCUUAUUAAAAAUAAAAAAUUAAUCGAAUGAGCGUAACACGAUACUUUUCCGAU